AUAAAAUCUAUUGUUAUGGGUUUUAACGGUAUUACAAUAAUGGGUCGCAGGUCUAAACAGAAAACUAAUGGUGGCAAUAAACCUGGAGCUGCUGCCACCAGUGCCAUUAACAAAUCUAAAAAAAAUAAAAAUCUUUUUAAAGUAUCUGAUGUCAAACAAAAGAAAAAACCCAAAGAAGUACAGGGAAAACUUAAAAAGAUCAAAGAAGCCGUCACUAAGAAACAAGAAAAAGUUGAUGCCAAUCUACGUGAUUUACACAAGGAUUUAGUUGUUAAAAAACCUCAAGCCUCUACCUCGAAACCAUUAAAACCCACCAAAAAACCAGCACCUAAUACAAAAAAUCUUUCCGAUAAAUUGGGAAAUUUCAAAUUUUAAAUAGAAAGCAAUUAAAAAACAGCGUAAUGUUUUUUUGUUCUUUCGGCAAUAUUUUUUUUCUUCAAGUAGUUAUAGUUGAGUUCUAUUUUAAUUGUAGAUUUUAGAUGAAUUUUAAUUAUAUGUUAAUUAAAACAUAUAGAAAAAACAUAUGUGUAAUGUUUAAUAGACAUAUGUAAUAAAGUUAUAUUAAAAACUUA